GUCCCACGAGCCAAGGCCCUGUACACGUACCGAGGGCACAACCCCGGGGAGCUGCGGUUCAACAAGGGGGACAUCAUCGUGCUGCUCCGGCAGCUGGACGAGAACUGGUACCUGGGGGAGGUGAACGGCAUCAGCGGCGUGUUCCCAGCCAGCUCCGUGCAAGUGAUCAAGCACCUGCCCCUGCCCGUGCCCCUCAGCAGGGCACUCGGCACCUUCGACACCAGGGGCAGGGACAGGACCGAACACAAGGAGAGCCUGACCCUGCAUAAGCCAAACACCACUGCAAGGCAGCUCCUGCAGACCAGCAAAAGCCACUGGUCCCCCCAGUUUAAGUGCACGUCCCUACGAACGGCGUCUCCCAAAGGCAAGGGUGCGGAUUCUCCAGCUUUCCCCAAGGUGCCCGACUCCCGGCGGAAGAGCCUGCGGCAGUUCUCCAUCACCACCGCCCUCAACACCCUCAACCGCAUGGUCCACUCGCCUGAGCGGCAGGCGCUGGAGAUCAGCUCCCCCGUGCUCAUCAGCUCCAGCAACCCCACCGUGGCCACCCAGAGCAGCGAGAAAGCGGAGCUUCCCUAUGGCACCCCCAUCCAGGUCAGUGCAUCCUACUACCCUGCGCCAGGAUCACUGGGGCACUCAGCAGCCAUCGUCACUCUUCCCCAUCUGCAGCACCACAUAUCAGCCUAUAUGUGCGUGGCUCUCCAUUCCUACACGGCUCACGGACCGGAUGAGCUGGAGCUGCAGAAGGGAGAAGGGGUCCGUGUCUUUGGGAAGGACCACGAUGGAUGGCUGCGGGGCAUGUCCCUUGUCACAGGGAGAGCGGGUGUCUUCCCCAGCAACUACGUCGCUCCCCUCUUCAGGAAACCGAACCUCUCCGACUCGAAGAUGCCUUCCCU